AUGACCAACACAACAACAUCCAAGUCUAUCGCCAGCUCUUCUUCGGCAAUUGCGAACAAUGUAGAUCUCCUUACAGAGAUUCUCAUACGCGUUUCUCCCAAAUCCUUACUCAGAUUCAAGUCUGUUUCCAAGAAUUGGCUCAAUCUCAUCUCCAACUCUAACUUUGCAUUCAACCACGCCCUCCGAAAUCGCAAUUCCUCCAUCUCUGGCUUAUAUUUCACAUCCCUCGACUCUUGCUCUGCAAAGGAACAAGUGAAGUCUGUCUCGCUUCAAGGCCAUCAAAAUCUCCCCACACUCGCCUUCCUCGACCACGGUGCUGGAUCAGAAUUUCCAAUCAGGAUUCAAAGCUCUUGCAAUGGAUUACUCUUGUGUGACUGUGUUCAAAUUGUUUGGGAUUGUAAUAGGACCGUUGUUGAUCGUAUUACAAUGAGUUACAUUAUUUGUAAUCCGACUACGCAAAAAUACAAACUACUUCCUCAGCCUUGUGGAUGUGUUUCUGGAUCGUAUGGUUGCUUAGCUUUUGAUCCUUCAAAAUCAUCGCACUACAAAGUUUUGUUAGUAUUUAAUAGUACUAAUAAAUUUGAAAUUUACUCUUCGGAGAGUUCAUCUUGGAAACAGAUUGAUUUCAGUAAAGCAGAAAGCUUUUCGGGAGGAGUUUAUUGGAAUGGAGCAAUCCAUUGGUUGACCGAAGAAGAAAAUGUUCAUACUAGAUUUGAUUUUGAUACAGAGAAGCUAAUAGAAAUUCCAAUUGCUCCCAAGCCUAAAAUUCUCUCUCUAGACAAGAUUAGGUAUUCUGAAGAAUGUUGUGGCCGUUUACUUCUUAUUCAGAUGCCUUUGUUUUGUUCUAUGGAAUUCGAAAUCCUUGAGAUGGAUAGGGACUACCGUGGUUGGAUUGUGAAUUGCAAUGUCAAUCUUGCAUCCUUAAUUAAUGAAUUGCCUGGGAUAGUUCAAAGAACCGAUUGUUACGCUUUUCAUGUUGCAAGUGUUGUGAAGGGAGAAAACGGAGAUGAUUUUGAACUAGUGUUAGUUUUUCAACAGCCUCGUGAAGUUAUUUGCUAUAAUGUGAAGUGCAAGACAAUGAAGGUGAUUAUUGAUUCGGUUACAGCUGACUUUGAUAAAUUUAUUUGUGAUCAUGGUCCUUACAGACCUUUUAGAUUCAUUGAAAGCCUAUCCCCUGUUUGA